GUUUCAAACUAUGUGUACACAGGAAGAGCAUUUGGAGAUUUUCAGCGAGAGGUAUCAAUGCAACUAACAGUACACAAGUAAAGUAUGGAAUCUGCCACACCCAUAUUGUCACCCGAAGCCGGGGAUAAGAAGUCCCAGUCUCAGGACGGUAGUUUAAAGACAGAUGUUGUGAGGAAUACCCUGAAAGAUGACCCAUCCGAUGUGAGGUCAAGUACCCCAGACAGUGACUCUAACAACAGUGCUCAUAUAACUGUACAGCAGGGAGGCCCAGCAGCACCUACCCCCCCAGGCCCUACCCCCACAGGCCCGACCCCUCCAGGCCCUACCCCCCCAGGUGGAGAGAGAGCAGGGGCAGAGCAUACAGAAGCGAGGGACAGUAACACUCUGUCACAGCCAGAUGAUGGAGAAUUGGGGGAGAUGUUAUCAGAUGAAGAGGAGGAUGAAGUAAGUGAGGAUGAGAGUGGGGAGGAGACGGACAUCGAGGACAAUGAUGAGUUGUCAUUCCCCAUGAGACGGCGAGACUCCAACCCCGACCUCCCUGACACUGUGACAACGCUGGAGACACUGGAUGGCAGCAAAGUGUAUGUGGUGGGAACAGCCCACUUCAGUCUGGAGAGUCAAGAAGAUGUCUCAAAGGUGAUCCGGUCGACGCAGCCAGACUUCGUGAUGGUGGAGCUGUGCAAGAGUCGGAUCAACAUCCUGGAGCUGGACGAGGCCACGCUGCUGGAGGAGGCCAAGAACAUCAACAUGGAGAAGAUCAGGAUGGCAAUCAAACAGAGCGGCAUGAUCCAGGGUGUGAUGCACUUGUUGCUGCUCAGCAUGUCAGCUCACCUCACCAAGGAACUUGGUAUGGCGCCGGGGGGAGAGUUCCGCAGAGCAUUCCAGGAGUCACGGCGGGUGCCCGGCUGUCGCCUGCAGCUGGGAGAUCGGCCGAUACAGAUCACGCUGAAGAGGGCCCUAGCAGCACUCUCCCUGUGGCAGAAGAUCAGGCUUGCCUGGUACCUCAUCACAUCCAAGGAUCCUAUCAGCAAGGAAGAUGUUGAGAAGUGUAAACAGCGUGACCUGCUUGAACAGAUGUUGAGGGAGAUGACGGGAGAGUUCCCUGCCCUUAGUAGGGUGUUUGUGGAAGAGCGGGAUCUGUACCUAGCACACUCACUCAAGAUGGCUGCCAGGCCCAUUCAGUGCCCCCAAGUACCCGAAGGGUAUAUUCCGUCAGUGGUGGUUGGUGUUGUGGGGAUCGGUCACGUGCCUGGCAUCGUGGCCAACUGGAGCAAAGAGCACAACAUCCAGGAGAUACUCAUUGUACCAGAAGCGUCAGUGGUGGGACGAGUUAUACGGUGGAGCGUGCGAGCCAGUGUGCUAGGAUUAUUAACAUACGGAUGUUAUAGGCUCUAUAGGUGGACGUCUCAUGUCAUCUUCUAAAGGGUUUCUUCAUCACUGAUCUCAUCAUUCAUCCUUCAGCCAACAUUGUACCCUCUGCUAGUGGCCCCGAAGUCAAGGGCUCCACUGGAACGACCUUCAAAAGAAUCAACCCACAAUGUUUUCAUGACAAGAUCUUUACCAGAAUUGGAACUAAAUGGUUCCAUGGCAAAGCCUUCAACAGAAUCAGCAUCCAUAUUUUUCAUGGCAGUUGCCAAAGAUGAUUUUCCGAAAACAAACCUACAUCUGUGUUUACAGAAAUGUGUUCAUUCCACACCACACCCCGAUGUUCUGAUACAAUAUUUAAUGAAGCAACAUUUCACUGUACGACCAAUGGCAAAAUAAAUCCAUGAUUGAUA